UUGAGCUUUCAUAGCAUUCCGAGGGAAAAUAGAAAAAUAAUCCAUGUACGAACCGGGUACAGAGCAGAUCAACUGCAACGGCACAGUCAUCGAAUUGCCCAGUUUGGAGGUUGUGCGUCCAGCUCCCAAAAUGCCCAGCGAUGCCAACAUUGAUUGGCUGCUCCACAUUUAUUUUACUCGCCGCGAGUUCACGCGCUGCCGCCGCCUCAUCGAACGUGAGCUGAAUCGCCAUCUGAAUCCCGAGUACCUGUACUUUGUCCAGGGCCUAAUUGACCGCGAAGAGGGCAAUAACAUUGAGGCGUUGCGGCACCUGCAAAAAUCGGUGGAGCUCAAUCCAAGGAACAUCGAGACCUACAAGGAAAUCGGCCGAACACUCUACAUAAUGGGCCGUUUUAGUCAGGCGCUGGGAGUUUUUCGAGAGGCGGAGCAGCGCAGUAGUCGGCCGGACCACGAGAUAUAUCAUUAUUUGGGCGAACUGCUCUAUCGCGCGGCCACAACCCAGAGCAAAAAGGACCUGGCAAACCUGCAGCAGGACGAAGCCCGAGGAUAUUUCGAACUAGCGGUUCAAUCCGGGCGGAAACUGGAGAGCUACGUCCGUUUGGCGGAGCUAUAUCGCAGGGACAAACUGUACCAGAAGGCCAUUGACAUCCUGGAAACCUGCCUGCACCUGACACCUGAGAACUCGGAGGUGCUGAUUGAAAUCAGCGUUUUGUACCUCAAAAUCAACGAGACGCAAAAGGCACACGAUCGUCUGGCGGAAGUCGUCAGCAUCGAGAGGAAAUGCUCGCCCAAGGGACUUUUGGCCUUUGGCGCCAUUUUGCAGUCCCGCAACGAUGUCGAUGGCGCCCUCAGCAAAUACAGCCAAAUCGCAAACGCUGAGCCGGAAAUUGCCGAGCUGUGGAACAACAUUGGAUUGUGCUUCUUCAAGAAGCAAAAGUUCAUUGUGGCCAUUUCAUCGCUGCGCAAAUCCGUUUGGCUCUCGCCGCUUAAUUACAAUGCUCUGUACAACCUGAGUUUAAUUUAUAUUGCCUCUGAACAAUACGCCAGUGCCUUUCACUCGCUGGCCGCAGCCAUAAACCUGCGCAAGGAUAAUGCCGAGUGCUACAUGCUCCUGGGCCUGUGUUUGCGUAAGCUGGACGAUGUAGAGAACGCGUUUGUGGCCCUCGAAAGGGCCAGUGCCAUGGCAACUGGUCAACAGGGCGGCGUUCGCAAUCCGCUGGUGGUGCUGAACUUUGCCCUCUUUUGCUAUGAAACCGGACGCCUAGCCCUGGCCACCGAGCAGUACAACCGAUUCAUGAGCCAGGCCCAGGACCUGCUGCUGCCCACGGAAUACAAAUUCCAGGCCACCAAGCUGAAAUCCCUGCUGCGAAUCUCGAAUCAGGGUAAUGGUAUCCUGCUGGACUCGGCGGAUUUGAAGGAAUCCGAUAUGGGACAAAAUCGAACCAGGGAACUCCUGCCGGAUGAGCUGCCACUGGAAGUGAAUGCUGUAGUUAGCCAGAAUUAAAGAAGUAAUUGUAAUAGAAAGCAAUAAACAUUUCUUU